GAUAAUUCAAAUGUAGAUGUGGUUAUGGGUGAUGCAUCCCUUGCUAAUGGAAGCGAACCGACGCCUAUGGAAGAGGAGGAUCAGAGUGAAGCGCCAGUAGAUGUAGCCAUGGAAGUAGAGGCAAAAAGCCAGGACACUGAAGUUGUCACUGGUCCCGAAGAAUCUCACGAAUUCAAGACCGAGACCAAGCGAAUGUUGCAAAUCGUUGCAAACUCAAUGUACUCUGAAAAAGAGAUCUUUGUUCGUGAAUUGAUUUCAAACGCUGCAGAUGCUCUUGAAAAGUUGAGACACUUGCAGUCCAGUGAAAACAUUGAGACCGGAACCCCACUCCAAGUCCGUAUUACUCUUGACCACGAAAAGAAAACCUUUACUAUCCAGGAUUCUGGUGUUGGUAUGACUUUGGAUGAAUUGAACCAGAACUUGGGUACAAUUGCCAGUUCUGGAUCAAAGAAGUUUCUGGAAAAAUUGGAGAAUGAAGGUUCUGGUUCCCGUGAAAACAUCAUUGGUCAAUUUGGUGUUGGUUUCUACUCUACCUUUAUGGUGGGAGAUACUAUCAAGGUCUACACAAAGUCUGCACUUCCUGGAUCAAAGGGUUAUUGCUGGUCUACCGAUGGUCAGGGCUCAUACACUGUUGCCGAGGCAGAUAAUGUUGCUGUAGGUACUAAAAUUGUGAUUGAACUCCGUGAAGACAGCAAGUCAUUUGCAUCCCAGAUUGAGGUUGAUUCCAUUAUCAAAAAAUACUCAAACUUUGUUGGAUUCCCGAUCUUCUUGAACGGUACUGAAGUCAACACUGUCGAACCUCUUUGGACAAAGGAUAGAAGCAGUGUGACCGCAGAACAGCAUCAGACCUUUUAUCGUUUUAUUGCAAACGCCUGGGACGAUCCUCAGUACACUCUGCACUUCAAGACCGACGCACCCCUCUCGAUCGCAUCCGUGCUCUAUGUUCCCGAACGCCACAUGGAGUCUCUUGGAGAACGAAUGGCACCUGGUGUGUCGCUCUACUCUCGCAAGGUCCUCAUCCAGCCCAAAUCCAAGGGACUUUUGCCGGACUGGCUGCGCUUUGUCAAGGGUGUGGUCGACUCUGAGGACAUUCCUCUCAACGUCUCGCGCGAAUUGCUGCAGGACAACAUCCUCUCCCGUCUACGCCAGGUCAUGACCUCGCGUGUGCUCAAGUGGCUCGACAACGAAGCCAAGAAAGACGAAAAGAAGUACAACGAGUUCUUCCUGGACUUUGGACAGUUCAUCAAGGAGGGAGCAUGCACUGACGCGAUGCACAAGCGUGAGAUCGGAAAGCUCUUGCGUUUCGAGUCGUCUGGACUGAAGGAAGGCGACAUGACUAGUCUGGAAGGCUAUGCGAGCCGUAAGAAGGAAGGCCAGGACAAGAUUUACUAUCUCCUGACUCCCAAGCGACAAUACGCCGAAGACAGUCCCUACACAGAGAUGUUCAAGAAGAAUGGCGUCGAGCUGUUGUAUCUCUACGAUACCGUCGAUGAGUUUGUCAUCAACCACCUGCGCCAGUUCCAGGGCUACGAUCUUGUCGCAGCCGAUUCCCCCGAGGCAGCCUCUCAUCCACUCUUGCAGCAGGCCCGCAGUGAUGAUGAUGAACUUGAUGGUGCCGAGAAGCUGAGUGAACCUCAAGCCAAGGAUCUUGCCAACUGGAUCUAUGACACUCUUGGCGACGAGACUGUAAAACAGGUCGAUGUAUCCCGUAGAUUGGAAAAGUUCCCAGCUAUCGUGCUCGAACAUGAAAGUCCAGCUAUGCGCAAGAUGAUUCAGAUGAUGCAAGGUUCUGCAAAGUUGGGUGAAGCACCUCCUGCACCUACUCGCUUGGAGAUCAACCCUGACCAUGCUGUCAUGCGUGGUCUCUUCCAGAUCCGUGAACAGAACCCUGCUCUUGCCAAGAUGGUUGCUGAACAGGUAUAUGAUAAUGCACUCUGUGCAGCAGGUGUGAUGGAUGAUCCUCGUUCCAUGAUUACUCGUUUGAACAAAUUGAUGGAAAUCAGUGUCAACUCUGCUAUUGAACAAAAUAAGAAGGUCAAGGCUGUCUAAAGACCAUUUACUACUUUAAAAACAAAAAAGAAUCAAAAAAUAAUAAUUAAU